UUACGCUCUCCCUCUCUCUUUCUCUCUCUCUCUUCUCUCUCUGCUCACUGUGCGUUUCAAACCCAAAAAUCCUCACUCGGGUCUCAAUCCGAAAGCGAUAGGCCACAAAAGAGGGCCUUUACUUCCUCAUACACUCACUUGUGUUGUGGCUCCUUCCUUCUUCAUCUUUUGAUAUUUCUUGUUCAUUUUUGCUUUCUUCUUGUUCAGUUUCGUUCAUGGCGAUCUCGGAGAACAUGCCACGCUCGGUGUUGUUGUGCGGUUCCAAUUGGGUCGUGGUUGCUGGGUUUGCUUGAUGUUUUCCUUUUCUGGGUUUUUUUCUUCUUUGCUUUGGUUGGCUGGGGUUUGUGAGCAUGUGGAGCUUAAUGGAUCCCUUUGAAGGGGUUGGGGGGUGUGUUUGAUUUUUGGGAAGUUGGGUUUUUUGUGGACAUGGAGUGCAUUGGCAAGUGGGAGGGGAACAUGGGGGAGUGCAAUAAUGAUAAUUAUAAUAAUAAUGGGUUUGGGGAAAUUGAGGAGGGAGGCUCUGAGCUAGGGUUCCAUGUGUUUCUGUGAUUGCUGAAUACUGUGUCUUCAAAAGGAGGAAAAAAGGGAAAGCUUGAUAUGAAGCUUUCAACAUCAGGGUUGGGUCAGCAGGGACAUGAAGGAGGGGAAAAGAAGUGUUUGAAUUCAGAGCUAUGGCAUGCAUGCGCGGGUCCCUUGGUGUCCCUACCAACUGCAGGAACUCGUGUGGUCUAUUUCCCUCAAGGUCAUAGCGAGCAGGUUGCUGCCACAACUAACCGAGAAGUGGAUGGUCACAUACCCAAUUAUCCCAGUUUGCCACCCCAGUUGAUUUGCCAACUUCACAAUGUUACAAUGCAUGCAGAUGUUGAAACAGAUGAAGUGUAUGCUCAAAUGACGCUGCAGCCAUUGACUCCGCAAGAGCAGAAGGAUACGUUUCUUCCCAUGGAGUUGGGCAUUCCAAGUAAGCAGCCUUCAAAUUAUUUUUGCAAGACAUUAACGGCAAGUGACACCAGCACGCAUGGAGGGUUCUCUGUUCCUCGUCGUGCAGCUGAGAAAGUUUUCCCUCCACUGGAUUUCUCACAGCAACCACCUGCUCAAGAACUAAUUGCUAGGGAUCUCCAUGAUGUUGAGUGGAAGUUCCGACAUAUUUUUCGAGGACAGCCAAAACGACACCUUCUUACAACUGGCUGGAGUGUAUUUGUUAGUGCCAAAAGACUAGUGGCUGGGGAUUCUGUGCUUUUUAUAUGGAACGAAAAGAAUCAGCUUCUUUUGGGAAUACGGAGAGCCAAUCGACCGCAAACUGUCAUGCCAUCCUCAGUUCUAUCCAGUGAUAGUAUGCACAUUGGGCUUCUUGCAGCUGCUGCUCAUGCUGCAGCAACUAAUAGCUGCUUUACAGUGUUCUAUAACCCAAGGGCUAGUCCAUCUGAGUUUGUCAUACCACUUUCAAAAUAUAUCAAAGCUGUGUACCACACACGAGUGUCUGUUGGUAUGCGUUUUAGGAUGCUUUUCGAGACUGAAGAAUCAAGUGUACGCAGGUACAUGGGUACUAUAACUGGCAUAAGUGACUUGGAUCCUGUUCGUUGGCCGAAUUCUCAUUGGCGGUCUGUUAAGGUUGGCUGGGAUGAAUCAACUGCAGGAGAGAGACAGCCACGAGUAUCAUUGUGGGAAAUUGAGCCUUUAACAACAUUUCCAAUGUAUCCAUCACUGUUUCCUCUUAGAUUGAAACGUCCAUGGCAUCCUGGCACCUCUUCUUUUCAUGAUGGCAGAGAUGAAGCGACGAAUGGGCUAAUGUGGCUGAGGGGUGGACCUGGAGACCAAGGUCUCAAUUCCCUGAGUUUUCAAGGGUCUGGUUUGUUGCCAUGGAUGCAGCAGAGAAUGGACCCAACUUUGCUAGGAAGUGAUCAUAAUCAGCAGUACCAAGCCAUGUUUGCAUCUGGUUUGCAGAACAUAGGGAGUGGAGAUUUGAUGAGACAACAAAUGAUGAAUUUUCAACAGCCUUUCAACUAUGUUCAACAAUCAGGAAACCCCAAUCCUUCCUUGCAGCUUCAGCAACCACAAGCAAUUCAGCAAUCGGUAUCUUCCAAUAAUAUCCUACAGCCACAAGCCCAAGUAUUGGCAGAGAACCUGUCUCAGCAUCUCCUUCAAAAAUCACACAAUCGCGAAGAUCAAACACAGCAGCAGCAGCAGCACACUUAUCAAGAUACGGUUUUACUUCAAAGUGAUCAGCUUCAUCAAAGGCAACACUCUGGUUUACCUUCACCAUCAUAUUCAAAACCAGAUUUCUUAGAUUCAAGCAUGAAGUUCCCUGCUACCGUUUCACCAGGACAAAAUAUGCUGAGUUCACUUUGUCCCGAAGGGAGUGGCAGUCUCUUGAAUCUAUCCAGAAGUGGUCAGUCAAUGCUGACUGAACAACAGUUACCCCAACAAUCAUGGGCCCCAAAGUUUACACCUUUGCAGGUCAACACUUUUGGCAACUCAAUGCCCCAUGUGCAAUAUUCUGGAAAAGAUACCACAAUGGUGUCACCACACUGUAACUCUGACACCCAAAAUCCUAUUCUAUUUGGUGUCAACAUCGAUUCAUCUGGCCUUCUGCUCCCUACCACUGUCCCUCGUUAUACCACCGCAUCAGCUGAUACCGAUGCAUCAGCAAUACCAUUAGGGGAGUCUGGAUUCCAAGCUCCUCUAUAUCCUUGCGUCCAAGAUUCAUCAGAGUUGUUGCGAAGUGCAGGGCAAGUUGACCCUCAAAACCAGACACGAACAUUUGUCAAGGUUUACAAAUCAGGGUCGGUAGGGCGGUCUCUUGACAUCUCCCGGUUCAGCAGUUAUCAUGAGCUGAGGGAGGAGUUGGCACAGAUGUUUGGUAUUGAGGGGAAAUUAGAAGACCCUCUUAGAUCAGGCUGGCAGCUUGUAUUCGUCGACAGGGAGAACGAUGUUCUUCUCCUUGGAGACGAUCCGUGGGAAUCAUUUGUGAAUAAUGUUUGGUACAUCAAAAUACUUUCACCUGAAGAUAUCCAGAAAAUGGGAGAACAAGCCGUGGAAUCCCUUGGUCCAAGUUCAGGACAGAGGCUGAAUAGCACUGGUGCUGAUUCCCAUGAAAUUGUUUCUGGACUUCCAUCAAUAGGCUCCCUUGAAUACUGAGAAUUUUAAAAUGUAUUCUCUCCCAGAUCCCACGGUUAAGAAGACUUAUCACACAUGUUUAGUACUUCUGUUGAACACUACUUUCCGACCUUGCAUAUCUGAAUCAAUAUAUACUGUAUUGUCUGUCACUUUAAACAUCCUUAUUAUUUCUUAGAGUACUGUUGAGAUUUUCAGGACAAAGUAUCUCUCUCUCUCUCUCAUGACAAACUAACGACAAACUUUGUGCAAAUUUGUAGCAUGUGUUCUGGAAGCUAGAAAUAGUGUUACUGUUACUGUAGCAUUUGAU